AUGCCCGUGCAGAUGCCCCAACACGCUGUCAACGCCCCGUACAUGCCCGCGCAGCGCAGUGGUCCCCACCCUAAUGAUGCUGCUAUCCGUCGUAGCCGCAAGCCGACCGACAAGAACCUUCCCGACGGAAUUGAGGACGUGGUCAUCGGCGAGGGCGUCGAACAGUACAAGAGUCUGCGCGAUCUGGAGAAGCGAUUAGACGCCGCCAUUGUGCGCAAGAGACUCGACAUUCAAGAUUCCAUUAGCAAAACCGUGAAGAAGUACCGCACGAUGCGCAUCUGGAUUACCAAUACUGUUGAGGGCCAGUCGUGGCAGGGCGCCGGCAGCAAUCCAGGUUCUGGACGUUAUAAUGUGCGCAUUGAGGGCCGUUUACUUGAUGAUCACAGUGACCCUACUAUCCCAGAAGAUGAGGAGAAAGCUGGUGAUGCAGCUGAAGUUGAUGCGAUGGACCAGGAUAAAGACGGCGCGGACACGAAGAAGACAGACUCCAAGAAACCUUCCCAGCGGUUUUCGCACUUCUUCAAGAAUAUCACUAUCGACUUCGACAAGCCGGCUAACGCCAUUCCCGACGAGGUCAAGCCAGUCACCUGGUCCAAACCACAACUGCCGCCCAAUGCGACAACUUCCCCUCCAAGUGCAGAGUUCGACAGCAUCCAAUUUUCGCGGGCAUCCCAGGAGAAUCUGAAUAUUACAAUUGGCUUGGUACGGGAUGAGACUCCCGAACGAUACAAGCUUAGCAAGGAGCUGGCCGAGGUGCUAGAUGUCGAAGAGGAAACCCGGAGCGGAAUCGUGCUUGGAAUCUGGGACUACAUUCGCGCUAUGGAGCUGCAAGAAGACGAGGAGAAGCGCCAAGUGCGCUGUGACCACCGCUUGCGCUCUAUCUUCGGUCGCGAGCAGAUGUUCUUCCCGCAAAUCCCGGAGAUGAUCGGACCUCACACCAGCCCGAUGGAACCCAUCAAGCUCCCCUACACUAUUCGCGUCGAUGAGGAUUUCCAUAAAGAACCCACGCCAACUAUCUACGAUAUUCAGGUCGCAGUUGAGGACCCUUUGCGCCAGAAGAUGAUGGCUCUCACUCAAAACCCACAGUAUACCUCCGGCCUUCGUCAGAUCGCCUCCCUGGACGACCAGGUUGCACUCAUUGUCCAGGCUCUCACUCACUCCCGCGCCCGUCAUUCCUUCUACACUGCUUUGAGCAAGGAUCCCGCGACAUUCCUGAAGCGCUGGGUCAACUCGCAACGCCGCGAUCUCGAGACUAUCCUCGGCGAUGCGGCAGCUGCUGGUGGCAACGGCAAUGGCAAUGAAUUCCGUCGUGGAGGCGCAGGUAGCGCGUGGGAUACCCCUGUUGCCAGGGAAGCUGUGCGAUAUCUGUUGGCCAAGCCUGAGGCUUCUGUGGCUCGAUAG